CUGAUUAUUAUUUUAUUAUUAUUAUUUUUUUUUUAUUUUUAAAUUUUAAAACGGAGCACGGAGAGCAAAAGAGAUUGGCUCUUCUCGGAAAGUACGAAACCGCCGCCGCCGCCGCCGCCGCCAUAAAUCUGUUUUCACCGCCUCCGCACUCCGCAAUCAUCAAUUACCCUUUGAAUUGAUUGAUUCGGGGAUUUUCAUCUAUGGCGGUUUCGAUUCCGAACCCUAGCGUACCGGCCCUAAAUUGCCGUCGUCUUCGGGGUGGAUCGAUUUUGUCCCCUUGUCUGAAUCGGGUGUAUUCGGUUGGGAAAAGUCGAAUUGAAUGGGGGAAAACGACUUCGAAUUGUGUGAUCGGAAGGAGAAUCAAAGCGUUGUCGGGGGAAGCCGAGAGCACCGGGAUUGAAGCGGCGGCCGCCGCCCACAGGGAUGAGUUAUUCGUGAACUUCUUCCGGGAGGCGUGGCCGUACUUUCUGGCGCACAGAGGGAGCACUUUCGUCGUCUUGAUUUCUGCGGAGAUAAUCGAUAGCCCUAAUUUGGAUCCAAUUCUCAUGGACAUUUCUCUGCUACAUGGGCUGGGGAUUAAGUUUGUUCUUGUACCUGGAACACACGUUCAAAUCGACAGGCUGUUGGCCGAGAGGGAUUCUGAGCCCAAAUACGUUGGAAGCUACAGAAUUACAGACGCUGAUUCUCUCAGAGCUGCAAUGGAUGCUGCCGGGAGGAUUCGACUAAUCCUUGAGGCGAAGCUAUCGCCGGGGCCGUCCUUAAGCGGCAUCCGACGCCAUGGGGACAACAGUAGGUGUAACAGUAGAGUGAGCGUUUCCAGUGGCAAUUUCCUUGCAGCUAAGAGAAGAGGAGUGGUUGAUGGGAUUGAUUAUGGAUGGACCGGAGAAAUCAAGAAGAUCGAUGUCGACCAUAUACAAGAGAGACUGGAUAAACAAUGCAUUGUGAUGUUGAGUAAUCUUGCCUAUUCAAGCUCUGGAGAAGUACUCAAUUGCAAUACCUAUGAAGUUGCCACAGCAUGUGCACUUGCUCUUGGCGCGGAGAAACUCAUUUGUGUCAUUGAUGGCCCCAUCCUAGACGAAAGUGGGAGGCUCAUUCGUUUUCUGUCUCUUCAUGAUGCGGACAGAUUAAUCCGGAAACGAGUGGAACAAAGCGAAACUGCGGCCAAUUAUGUCAAAGCCGUGUCUCAAGAAGAUAUUACCUGCUCUGUGUACGAUGGAUCAAAUGAUGUUGCCCCUUUCCAGAAUGGGGCUGUCAUUCAGGGGGCUCCUAAAUUUCAAAAUGGUGUUGGCUUCAACAACGGGAGCGGGCUUUGGGUUCGCGAGCAAGGUUUUGCUAUAGGAGGUCAGGAGAGGCUGAGCCGUCAAAAUGGCUACCUCUCUGAACUCGCAGCCGCAGCUUUUGUUUGUAGGGGUGGCGUGCAACGAGUGCAUCUAUUAGACGGCACAGUCGGAGGAGUUUUGCUGAAGGAAUUGUUUCAAAGAGAUGGAGUAGGUACAAUGGUGGCAAGUGAUCUUUAUGAGGGGAUGCGGGCAGCUCAGGAGACAGACUUUGAUGAGAUCAAACAGCUCUUGUUGCCUUUAGAGCAUUCUGGUACAUUGAUAAAACGAUCGGACAAAGAGUUACUUGAGUCUUUGGGUUCAUUCAUAGUGUGCGAGAGAGAAGGCCAUAUUAUUGCUUGCGGGGCUUUGUUCCCUUUCUUUGACAAGAAGUGUGGAGAGAUAGCUGCUAUUGCCGUUUCUCCUGAAUGCCGGGGACAAGGACAGGGCGAUAAAUUACUAGAGUAUAUUGAGAAGAAAGCAGGUUCGAUUGGGCUGCAAAUGCUAUUCUUGCUGACAACUCGUACGGCAGAUUGGUUUAUGAGGCGCGGCUUCUCUGAAUGCACAAUUGACUGCAUACCCGAGGAAAGGAGGAAGAAGAUCAAUAUAUCGAGGCGAUCAAAGUAUUACAUGAAGCAACUUCAACCGGACAUGAGCGGUAUUAGCGUAGACCGCGCUUUGGCGGGAUAACAAUUAAUGGUGGCAAAUGGGAAGGUUUCUUACAGUAUGUAAAUUCUUUGUAGGGAGGGCGGGGUGGUGGAUGGGUAGAUAAUGACAUGGUGCAACUUGAUAUGAAAUGAUCAAGGAAAUGAAUGUGGGGCUUUCACGAAAUAAUCUCAAUUGUAUCGUCCUAAGCUUAUGUAUGGUUCAUUUGUCCGAAUAAGACAUCUGGGCAAACUUUGGUUUCAUUGAAUUUCUUCGUGGC